CGAGAUUCUUGCGCGCGACAGCUUGACUGCACGCGCUUGGCUAGUGUAGUGCAGGCACUCUCCCUGGCUUGCCCCACCUAACCCAUACUAAGAAUAGUCCUGGUAGCGGCUAUUUCAACAUUAAAUAACUGGUGCCUCCAGGACUGCACCUGUAGGGAGGGUUCCGCCACAGCACAGCCAAAUCCAAAUCCUCAACCCUACGGGGCUACCAUGCGUGUGGUUCCUCGGCCCAGCCCAGCCGGAAACCAGCCGGAGUUGACCAAGUCGAUUACGGGUAUUUUGCGAAUACUGCCUUGGUAAUGAUUGACGAUCAAAUAGUUUCUGGCACAUAUUGGUUACCACAACCAAGCUUUCUGUUUUUUUUUGUUCUCUCUCCCUUUUUUUACAACUUGUACCACUUACAGUAGUGCAAACUCCAAUAACCUUCUAUGCUUAAUGCUCAUACUAUAGUAUUUUUCACCGAUAGCGACCCAUUAGUAUGGUGCUGAAAAGCUUUUUGGAACCGAGAGUGAGCGAACCGUUGAAUCGCACGAGUAAUGAUGGGACAUGGGUGCAAAACAUGACCCCUUGUCGGAAGUCGGAGCGUCGAUGCUAUGGUACUGGUCGCAUUGCUCUAUGAUGGAGAUCUUCUAUCUGGUAAGGUAAAAUCAUCAGUCGGGUAAAGGUGAGUGUGGGUGAUUAGCAGGGUAAUCAAUCACUCAUAGCUGGAGGAUGGAUUUGGGGAGGCUGUGAAGGCAGGCAUACUUGACCGAGACCUUUCGCCCAUUCGUGCUUCACCGGCCGCUUACCCUGACCAGAACGGCUGCGCCUUCUCACUGACAACAUUUUAUUUUUAAUUAGUUAUAAUAUUUUUCUUUGGCUUACUCUGUCGAGCAGGCCUCGCGCAUCAGCAAGCAACCACUUUAACGCACUAAUCACCUUAAGUAAUUCGGCUGACAAGUCAUAAGCGCCAUGGACGGUACCCAUUAACCAAAGCGAUUUAAGCAACCAACAAAACGCCAUUGCCUGCAACUCUAAGGCGUAGGGAACAACAUCUUGGUGUUUUAAUGCUUGGCAUUUCUCCUUCAGAAAUAUCGAUUUGGGAGACUGGAAGAAACAAUUUUUUCCUUUCAUCAACAACUUCGAUCUUGAGCCUUACGCCUGGUUGAUGUCUGUCUGUUGACGGUAAUGAUAUCUGGGGGAAACAGGCAGAACAGACCUGAGAUAUAUACCUUGAAAGCGACGACAUACCUGCAGCAUCUCUGUGAUGAGGACGUGCCCUUUCACCCAGUCCGACUUAUAUGAUGGAUUCAAAAUAUGAUGCAAACGAAAGGGCCGACAGCUUUCGUCCUGUGCUAAACCGGCAAGUAUCCAAUAUGUCUGAUGUCGCCAUGGACAGUGGGAGACGAAUAAGGCCAAGUCACUCCCUUGUUUCUUUGCCUUCCAUCGCGUCGCCUCAGCCGACGCAAGAUUUCUAUACCUCUACGCAGCAGCCACCCUCGCUGCCUUCUCAGAUACCAUCUCGACAAGGCAGUUCCAAAGGACGAGACUUGACCUCUAGUCCUAUCGAAAUACAAAACCAACAUUCCGAAGACUACAACCGAAAUUUGUCUCAGGCGAGCCUACCUGACGACGCAUCUCAACCCAUAGCCGCCGACUCAACCCCUCGGAUUCUCUUGCAGUCACCAAACCUCACACCUGAGAGCGCCCAGUCUUAUAUAAAGGGACAAGAGCCAACAAUAUGUGAGGAAGACAAGACCUCGGUGGAUAUCACAUCGAUACAGUUCACUGGCUACAGUGGUGAUCCCGCCAAGUCUCCGGCGCUUUCGAGGCCGACACCCGAGCCAUCACCAGUCUUUGGACAAGAUGGCAUGGGUUUUGACUUGUCCACCGCAGCUGGUCUUGGGCCGUGGUCACACAGCCAGGAAGACAACUUGAGAGAGGCCUCGCCCGAGCAAAGGGCUCGUUAUGGUUCUCUGGCAGGUGGCCUCGGCUCCGGCUUCCAGGCCGCGACGAUAAGAGAGGCCGAUCUGGUGCUUGCUGCACCCCCUAUCCCCAAAAAAAGAGAGCCUAUGUCCUUCACCAGGCAAGUUUCUGCAAAGCUGAGCCGGAUGAAGACGAUUAGGCUUGCCCAGAGCGAGGCCGACAGGCGCGACGAGAUCAUCGAGGUCAUCAUGGAGUGUCCGCCGAAGCAAGGCCCCAACUCAGCGAAUUUCGACAUGAGUGAUAUGGGCGGUCCAUCCUCGUCACUGGAGGAUUUGAAGAGCCCUUUCCAGCCAGGGAUGCGCAGGACGACAUUUCCAACAAAGAACGAGGAGAAGACACAAAUAUUUUAUCCACAGCCGAACUGGAGACCCUUCGUCAUGCGCGGGCCGUAUAUGGGCUAUCUCAUCCUUCUCGCACUUGGCAUGGGCAUUGGGACUGAGCUCUUGUACCGUCAGUCCGUGGAGCAGCCUCUGCUUACUUUCAAAUCACCCGAGGACAUAUCUGCCGCAACCUACCUUACCCUCAAGUUUGGGCCGACAAUAGUAUCUGUUGUGUUUGGUGUGUUAUGGCAGAUGACAGACAUUGAGGUCCGACGACUCGAGCCGUUCCACCAGCUCUCCAAGCCGGAGGGCGCGCUCGCGCAAGAGUCUAUCAGCAUAGACUACAUCACAUUCAUCAGCUUCUUCCGCCCCUUCCGAGCGCUUCAAUAUCGCCACCACGCCGUCUUUCUCUCUUCGGCUGCAUCGCUGUUGGCCACCACACUCGUGCCAACCCUGGGCGCUGCCUCAAUUGUCAUGAAGCCUGACAGGCAGGAGAGGCUUGCCAACCCAGGGGUGGAGAAAUCAAUCAUCAUCAACCCCGUCUGGGCGCGCUGUCUUACAAGUGUUCUCGUCAUUGUGGCAUUUUUGGGUGGUGUUUUGCUUUACGUUCUCAAUACCAGGAAGUCUGGGCUUAGUGCGGACGUCAAGGGCAUCUCGGGGCUGGCUUCCAUGGCAGUUGUUAGCCACAUCCUGAUGGACUUUCAAGAUAUGGACACUGCGCAGCCCCAUGAUAUCCAUCGCCAACUCAAGAACAGGCGUUAUGCUCUCCGUAACUCGUCACUGGCGCCCAUGGACAGCCAGCCGGUAUCGCUAGCAUCGCGGCGCAGAACAUCGACCCUUCAAGGUAGCAGCAGCAGCGCCAUGAGCAGCGACAACAAUCCCAACGGCCUCUCGCAAAACCCACACCCACUCAUGCUGCGAGCAGCAGGCUGCGUGCCCCUGAUCGGCGCCAUUGUAGUGUUCUUCAUAUUAAUUUACGUGGUGAUCUUUGUGAGCGAUGCCGCGGUCAUCUCGGACCGUGCACCCUGGGUCAUUACGAUGUUGGCCGUCACAAUCAAGAUGGGCUGGGGUGGGCUGGACGCGGAUCUGCGCAUGAUGGAGCCGUACCACAUCCUGUGGCGCCGCCACGCUCCGCCCAAGACCCUGACGCUUGACUACACGGCCAUGCCCGUGGGCUGGGUGGCGGUCAAGGGGCUCUUCAACAGGCACUUUCUCGUCUUCCUCGUCGGCCUCGGCUCCGUCAUGUCCGAGGUGCUUACCGUCCUGGUCACCUCGCUGUCUACCGUAUCCGGGGAGGACUUUUUGAAGCGCGAGCCUACGCAGUCCAUGCAGCCGAAGGUGAGUCUCAUCCUGGACGACGAUGACGAGGCCGGCCGCACCGUCAAGGCCGGUCAGGAGACUCAGAGCUCCUUUUUCACCACCCUAGCGGCCGUCUCCUUCAUCUUGGUCUACAUGGCCAUAGUCGCGGGCAUAGUGGCCAUCAAGCGUGGACGACCGUUUCUGCCCCGCCAGCCAAACACAAUUGCAAGCGUUCUCGCCUUUAUCCACCAGAGCAAGAUGGUCUACGACUUUGUCGGAACCAGCAAGUUCAACAGGAACGCCAUGAAGAAGCGUCUGGCAGAGGUUGGCAAGACCUACGGUGUCGGUUGGUUCACGGGCCGCGACGGGCAGACGCACUGUGGUGUCGACGAGGAGGAGCUCCUGGGCGACUUUAUUCCAGGCUAUGGGCUUGGUGAUACCAAGCAGCCAUGGGUGGCUGUGUGAUCCUAUUCAUGGUAUGGAGUGUUGACAAUCGAAUAAUGGUAUUUGUAUUCUUGAUAGCGCCCCCUAGGACAUCCUAGCAAUGAUAAUGAAU